CCAGUGGUAGUAGAAAACCACAUAAUAUUUAUGUAUUCCUUUGAUUAUUAGACAAUGACACUGCAAUGGAGCGGAGAACAAGUGGUAGCGAAAUUACAGGAUGUGCAGGCCAGUGCUAUGGCGUUAGACUGCCUAGGAGAGUGGGCGGCCUUGGCAGGGAGGAGGGCCAUUACCAUGGUGAACUUGAAGAAACCUAAGGAGAAGCCUAUAAAAAGUCCUAGACAGAGUAAAUGGGAUGUCAGCUGUGUGCAGUGGAAUCCCAUAUCUUCACAUGCUCAUCUAUUUGUCACUGCAUACAACCAAAGAUUAGAUCUGUGUUCAUGGAAAGAUUCCAACAUUUCUCACAUUUGUUCAAUGAAAGGACAUUCCAGAACUGUCAGUGAUGUGGGUUGGAAUCCAUUUGAUGUGAAUGUAGUAGCUUCCUGCUCUGUUGACUCAUUCAUUAAUCUGUGGGAUAUCAGGGAUCCAAAGAAGCCCUCACAGUCCUUCCAGACAGUCUCCGGAGCUUAUCAGGUAAAAUGGAAUAAAGUGACGAGCAAUAUGUUUGCGACAACUCACGAGGGAGAACUUCGGAUCUGGGACAUUAGGAAAGGGAAAACAAUGCCCUCACACUAUAUUGCCGCCCACUUAUCUAAAAUCCAUGGCCUGGAUUGGAGUCCUAAUUCUGACUCAGAGUUAGCCACAUGCAGUCAGGAUUGUACUGUAAAGUUUUGGGACAUUAAAAACACAAGGCAAUGCAAGGGAUCAUUAAGUCCUGGGUCUCCUGUGUGGCGAGCCCGAUACACUCCAUUUGGGCAAAAUAUUGUGACGGUAGUGGUGCCACAGCAAUUACGUAGGGGGGAUAACUCUCUACACUUAUGGAGUACCUCCAGGAACAAUCCAAUUUAUCAGUUUGUUGGACACCAGGAUGUUAUUCUGGAGUUCCAGUGGAGGAAGCAACAGGAAGGGUCGAGGGAUCAUCAGCUUGUGACGUGGUCAAAGGAUCAGAGUUUACGGAUAUGGAACAUUGAUCCACAUCUUCAGAAGCGAUGUGGUCAUGACUUGGGAGAUAUUAACGACUCCUCGGAGAAUGAGUCUGGACAGACCGGGAGAGAUAGCAUAUCCCAGGACUCGGUCCAAGACAAAUCCUUUAAAGAAAAUGAUCUUGGGAAUGGGGACCUACAGAGACAAAUGUCCAUGAGUCCAGAGGGGGUAUUAUUCCAACAGCCCCAGACACUCCAACAGGAGUUUGAUUUGAUGAACACAAACAUUUCUAAUGUUCAAGUAGAAGAGAUGGACGCUGCCUCUAGAAGCUGCCGUGUGUUGGCUGUUUCUGGGAACUUCAGUGUUGGUCUUAGGAUGUUGUUCCCUGAAAACUACCCCUACACUGAGCCACCUACGUUUGAAUUCCUAGAUCCCAACUUGAACUCAAGCAUAAAACAUAAGUUACACAAGGUGCUGCUGGAUACAGCAUCAAUGCAUGUCAGAAGGAACACAAGCUGUCUGGAGCCAUGUUUAAGGCAGUUAUCUCAAGCUCUUAAUCAACCCUGGAAUUUACCAACAGAGGAACGAAGGACUCCUGAAACAGAGACUGCCCGUCCCUUCACCCUUGUGGGGCCCCCAAACAAACCACAGUACUUAUCUUGGCACAGUGCGUCGGGACUGCAGGACAUUAAUAUUCCAUUUCCUAGAACUAGUGGAGCAAAGUUCUGUGCAGCAGGGUACUUAGUCGUGUUUGGUCGGUCUCAUGAAGCUAGGAAAGGACCAUCUUGGGCAGAAGUAACACCAAAGUCUCUGUGUGAUUUGACAGAUUUUGCCUCCAAAAGUCGGUUUCGCAAUCCACAAAAAUUCUUUAACAACUUUUCUAUUAGUCCUCCUACACCUGCACCAGAAAAUGUAUCUGUCUCUUCAUGGUACCUGAGAACAACAGUGUCAAAUCAACCAAAGGGAAAAAGGAAAUCCCGGCCUGCGGAGGUCCCAGAAAUAAAACCUGUGCUGGCACCAGUCAAAAUUUUUGAUAGUGCUUGUUUGCUACCAAUUCACAAAGAUUUGGGGAAAAAAUAUAUAAUUGACAGAUCUAACAUCCAAGCCAUGUGUAGUCACAAUGCCUCUGCUGCUGGUGCUGUUGGUCGCAAGGAUUUGGUUCAGUUAUGGUCAAUGGUUGGAAUAUCAGCGAGCCAAAAACUCAAACCUAGUGAUGAUCCAGAUGAUGGACCUCCAUGGGCACAACAUCCAUUUGGGAAAGAGAUGAUCAAAUAUCUAUUUGACUACUACAUGAAAAUCCAUGAUGUACAAACACUAGCCAUGCUGGUGUGUGUUUUUUGGAACAGAGAAGAUGCCAUUGUGCAACCCCCCAAGAAGGAGAAAGCCCUACCCCAGUCCACAUCAAUGGAUUAUGUUCCACAUAAUUAUAGUCCGUAUCAUACGGUAACCUCCGGGUCUAAUCUAUUGAAGAGCUUCAAGACACUCACCGGUCACUUACAAGGUCAGUCAUCACGACCCCCACCCACCACUACCGUUCAAUCUCGACCCUCGCAACAUCACUUGUCAGAAGUGUCGUCACACCCCGACCUAGUUGCCAUGACAGUAGGUGUUCUAAAGAUCCGUCGAUCUAACAGCCUGUCCUGCCUCGAGGACUCAUUUGAGGACUACAAAAUUGAGGAUGAGGAUGGAAUCAAAGAGAAGGAAAAUGAGCGACUGGCAAAACUCCAUGAAAGCAACUGUAGGCUGCUUGAUCCAAAUGCACAGAAUCAGUAUGAUGUCUUCCUGAAGUCUUAUGCAGAUAUUCUGUAUCAUUGGGGAUUUACAAACAACGCUAAACUUGUGUUGAAAUUCUUGACACAUUUACCAGAACCUCAUACUGGCAUAGAGUUUGGUGUUCGAUGCUAUCACUGCCGUCAGGAAGGUCGUGGAGCCAAAUGUGGGUCGUGUAAGAGUCUGGCAUUCAACUGCUCCAUCUGUCACAUUGGUGUCAAAGGAAACUCUAUAUUCUGUCUGCGGUGUGGACAUGGUGGUCAUACCACACAUAUGAUAGACUGGUUCAAGGAGAACAAAGAGUGUCCCACGGGUUGUAGCUGUAAAUGUGUGGAGGCCAAGUCUGAAAUUACAAUGUGAUGGGGGCCAAGUCUGAAAUCACAAUGUGAUGGGGGCCAAGUCCGAAAUCACAAUGUGAUGGGGGCCAAGUCCGAAAUUACAGUGUGAGGGAGACCAGAUCUAAAAUCACAAUGUGUUGGGGGCCAAGUAAGAAAUCAGUGUGAUGUGGGCCAUGUCAGAAAUUGCAAUGUGAUGGGGGCUUAGUCAGAAAUCACAAUUUUAUGUGGGCUCAUCAUGAGGAAAUGGCUGACUAGGUCAGAAUUCAAAAUGUGAUGGGAGCUUAUCACAAAGAACAUGGCCAGUUAAUCAGGAAUCAAAAUGUGAUGGAGGCUUUACAAUUUCUUAUAUAAAAUUUGUUAGAAUGAUGAAGGAAGAAAGGAAUUGAUUAGUGGAAAGCCAGCUUCCAAACUUGGUCUAUAAAUUUCUGGUCACAUGAUGGAAUGGGACAUUUGUGCAAUCUAAGAAAAAACGUUUGCUAUUUGGUAUUCAUGCCCUAGCCAUCUUAUUUUUAUGCAAAAUGAUUAUGUAUGAAGUGUUGUGCAAGUUAAUGUACAUGUAGUUGCAAGAUGCAACAAUUGUUAUUUGGUUACCCAUAUUUAAAACAGUGGAAACACUGUAGAAUUAUUUUACUAUUUAUACUGUUUAUAUUGUUGAUGUUGAAGAAAAUUAAACAAAAUACAUUAUGUCA